CUCUGGAGGUUAGACUACGGUAAUUAUAAAUGUCGCCGCUUUCAUUUAUAUAUGUCAAAUAGUAUGCCAAUUUACCGACUGUCCAAACAACCACGCCAUAAGGAAUUAAAGCCGGGUUUCUAGCAUUUUUAUGGAGAGAAAACUUAUUAUUACUGGUGGGUUACCUAUCACAUCUAGAUCCAGAGUGGGUCUUACCUCCAUACUCCCACUAAGAUUGAACUGUCUUGAGGAUCUGAGGAAUCUUACACAGCAUAUGCAUGACGACUGUCAAAUUAUAUACUAUUUAUCAAAUUCCUCUUCAAAGUAGUCAUCGUAGUCAUCAUAUUUUGACAUUGACUGAAAGCACUUGGGGGUUUGCAUUUUUAAAACCUUUAAAAUUGUGAUGGUAUUAAUGGCUAUUUUUCAUUAAGUAAAUAUUAUUAAUAAAUGUUAUUUUCAGAUGUUAAUUUAGCAAAAGCAGUGAGUUAUUGUACCAUUAUUUUUUAAUUAUUAAAUAAAAUUCCAUUCUAAAAGAUUACAAUUAUAGCACCAGCAAUGCAAUAAGGUUGUAAUUAUAGAAAAUAUAGGUGACUGAACUACUUUGCAAUGUAAAUGUUUUAGAAAUUCAUUUUUAAUUGGACUUGAAUGUAAUUUUUUUUGUUUAACAAAAAUGGUCAUAAUAUUGAAUAAGGGAGUUUUGUGUCACUCUUUAAUGCCAUUACAUCCACAAUGAAAAAAUAUGUAAUGUGUUGUCGUGGUUGUGUAAAUGACUUUAUAACAAAGUUUAAAGGGCUGUGAACCUCUCAUCAAUAAAACUUUCAUUGACACUAAAUACAAUGAUCUUAUAGGGCACAAACAGAUUGGUUUAUAUUGCAGUUAUCUGUUUCAUAGUGUGACAUCCCAAAAUGAACUGUAAAAAUUGUCUUUUGAUGCUAUAGUGCAUUGGAAGUUGUGAAAAUAUGGCAGCAUUUAAGGGCAGGAAGGGAAAAAUGAAUCCUGAAGGUCCUGCAGAGUUUCAUUUGAAAAGUGAAAGGAAAGGUACUUUGUCAGUCUCUCUAGUCAAGCAAGAAGAUGAAGAUUCAGUUGGCUCUAGUGAUAUAGAAAAUCCAUUAUCAGAGUCUCAAAUUAGACAUGGAGAAGAGGACUUUGUGGGCUGCAAUGAUGAAAUUGACAAUCCACUAUCACCCUCUAAAAUUAAGCAUGAAGAUGAUGACAUGGUUGAUCAUAGUGAAGCCACUAAUGAUAUGUCUGUGCCUUUUAACCCAAUUGUGAUAUUCAAAACGGAGCCAGAAAUAUACGAGGACAGUGAAGAACCAGAAAUAAAUAAUGAUAGUGAUGAAGAAGUAAAAUAUUCAAGCAUCUUGGACUCGGCAGAUAGUGACAUUCCAAGGAACCAUGUGGAAAUGCAUCCUAAUGAGGAGCAGUUAAUGAGUGAUGUCUGUGGAAUAUUGAAUGAUCAAGAAAGUCAUCUUAAAAAAGGCAUGAAAAUUUGUAGUGGAAAGAAGCCUUUUGUGUGUGUGAAUUGUGGAAAACAGUUUCGUAUGAAGUCCCAACUCAAAAUCCACAUGCAAAGUCAUUCCGGAGAGAAACCAUUCAAGUGUAGUGACUGUGGGAAAGCAUUUACUUGGAAGAAAGGUUUGAUUAGGCAUAUAAGUAGUCAUACAGGCGAGAAGCCUUACGUAUGCAAAGAAUGUGGGAAAGCGUACGCCAAGAAAUGCAGCCUCCUGUCUCAUCUGAAUCUUCACUCUGGAGAGAAGCCAUUUAAAUGUAGUGAGUGUGGGAAAGCAUAUAUAAAUAAAAGUCAUCUGACAAGUCACAUGAAGGUUCACACAGGAGAAAACAUGUGUCGAGAGUGUGGGAAAUCUUUCUCCCACACAAAUGAGCUCAAAAGGCACAUGAACUGUCACACUGGAGAGAAGCCUUUCACUUGCACAGUCUGCGGGAAGGGAUUUUCCGAGAACAGCUCUCUCAAGAAGCACAUGAGGAUGCAUACCGGAGAGAAGCCUUUUCGUUGCAUGCAAUGUGGGAAGGCUUUUUCUCAGAGUAGUCACCUCUCGGUUCACAUGAACAGCCAUACAGGGGAGAAGCCAUUUAAAUGUGGUGAAUGUGGGAAAGCAUAUUCUAUUAAAAACAAUUAUAUAAAUCACAUGAUCAUUCACACUGGCGAGGAGCCGUUUAGAUGUGGUGAGUGUGGGAAAGCCUUUUUCCCCAGGAGCAAACUCAUGAGGCAUAUGAGAACUCACACUGGAGAGAAACCGUACAAGUGCAAUAAGUGUGAAAAAGGUUACGCUGACAAACGUGACCUCGUGAGACACAUGGCCAGUCACACUGGAGAGUGAUUUUUUAGUAGCAUUGAUUGAGGAAAUGUUUUCUGAGAAAAGUGCUUUUACAAUUAAUGUCAGUAAUGAUGUUAUGGAAAACCUAUUUAGAUGCAGUGAAUUCAGAAUUGACUAUUCCCAUGAAAAGUCAGUUCAUAAGGCACACUGGAGAAAAAUUUAUUCAGUGAAUAUGGAGAAACAUAUUCAUUUUAACCCUUUAAUGCCGAUUGGACGUAUUAAACAUAGAUAUAAAUUGUCUGUUGGGUGCCGAUUGGAUGUAUGGUAUGUCGAUAUAAAAAGUUUUUUUGAAAAUUCGCGGAAAAAUAGUUAUAGGCCUACUAGGCGAAAACUUUUGAAUCACGCGCCUUGGGGGAUGCUGGGAGCUCACGGAUCAAGCCGUUGUUUUGUUUACAAUUGUUAUGCAGGUGUGCAAGUGCGAAUUUCUUUCUUAUCUCACUAAAAAGUAUCAGCGACACAUCUCAGAAAUUAUUUUGUCACUUUGACAUAAUUUUUGCACCAUUUUAAAUUAGCCGUUACAUGGAGUAUUAUAUAUGAAAAUGUGCGCAAUUUCAUGUAAAAUACAACUAAAACAACUCAUGGUUGUAGCUUUUAACAGUUUCGAAAUAUUUUCAUAUAUAUAACGAUAAGUGCCAAAAUUUCAACCUUCGGUCAACUUUGACUCUACCGAAAUGGUCGAAAAACGCAAUUAUAAGCUAAAAUUCUUAUAUUCUAGUAAUAUUCAAUCAUUUACCUUCAUUUUGCAACAAAUUGGAAGUCUCUAGCACAAUAUUUCGAUUUAUGGUGAAUUUAUGAAAUAAACUUUUUCCUUACGUCCGCGCGGUAACUUCAGAAAAAAUAGCAUUUGUCCGAUUGUCGUAAUGUUUGCACCAUUUUGCACCAUUUGUAAAAUACAAAUAAAAACAACCCAUGGUUGUAGCUUUUAUCAGUUUUGAAAUAUUUUCAUAUAAACAACGAUAAGUGCCAAAAUAUCAACCUUUGGUCAACUUUGACUCGACCAAAAUGGUAAAAAAACGCAAUUGUAAGCUAAAACUCUUACAUUCUAGUAAUAUUCAAUCAUUUAAUUUUAUUUUGCAACAAAUUGGAAGCCUCUAGCACAAUAUUUCGAUUUAUGGUGAAUUUAUGAAAAAAAAAAUCAUUUUCCUUAUGUCCGCGCGGUAACUCUUCCGAAAAAAAUCAGAAAUUUUUUCGUCCGAUUAUCGUAAUGUUUGCACCAUUUUAAAUUAGCCGUUACAUAAAGUUUUAUAUAUGAAAAUGUGCGCAAUUUCAUUUAAAAUACAACAAUAAACAACCCAUGGCUGUAGCUUUUAUUAGUUUUGAAAUAUUUUCAUAUAAAUAACGAUAAGUGCCAAAAUUUCAACCUUCGGUCAACUUUGACUCGACCGAAAUGGUCGAAAAACGCAAUUGUAAGCUAAAACUAUUACAUUCUAGUAAUAUUCAAUCAUUUACCUUUACUUUUCAACAAAUUGGAAAUCUCUAACACAAUAUUUUGAUUUAUGGUGAAUUUAUGAAAUAAACUUUUUCCUAACGUCCGUGCGGUAACUCUUCCAAAAAAAUCAUAAAUUUUUUCGUCCGAUUUUCGUAAUGUUUGCACCAUUUUAAAUUAGCCGUUACAUAAAGUUUUAUAUAUGAAAAUGUGCGCAAUUUCAUGUAGAAUACAACAAUAAAAAAUUGAAGGGUGUAGCUUUUCUCAUUUUUGAAAUAUUUGCAUAUAAAUCUUGAUAAAUAAAAAAAAACCACGUUUGGUCAACUUUGACUCUACCGAAAUGGUCAAAAAACGUAAUUGUAAACUAAAACUCUCACAGUCUAGUAAUACUCAGUCAUUUAUCUUCAUUUUGAAACAAAUCCAAAGUCUCUAACACUAUUUAGAUUUAUGGUGAAUUUUUGAAAAAAACUUUUUCCUUCCCUCUGCUCGCGGAUUCUCCGCCGCAAAUCUCCGAAAUGCGUACGUCGCAUUCUCGUAAUAUUUGCUCCAUUUCAUAUUAGGCGUUUCAUAGAGUUUUAUAUAUGAAAAUAUGCGUAAUUUCAUGUAGAAUACAACAAAAAAUAAUUGAAGGUUGUAGCUUUUCUCAUUUUUGAAAUAUUUGUAUAUAAAGAAUAUAUAUAAAAAAAUUCGACAUUCGGUCAACUUUUUAACUCGUCCAAAAUAGUCGAAAACUGCAAUUGUAAGCUAAAACUCUUAUAGUAAUAUUCAAUCAUUUAUCUUAAUUUUGAAACAAAUUGGAAGUCUCUAGAACAAUAUUUAGAUUAUGGUGAAUUUUUGAAAAAACUUUUUUUUACGUCCGCACGUUACGAAUUCAUGCAUCAUUUUGUGAUAAUAUUUUUUCUGUGUUGCUUUUAUCGUUUUACAAUGUAUUAUAUACCAAAAUGAUCGCAAUCUAGUGUACAAUACAACGAAAAAAAUUAACUCUUCAGCUUUGACCGUUUUGCUCACAGCGUGAUUUGAAUACAAUUACGUAUAUAUGAAAUUUUGUUUUCGCGCUAUCAUAUAUCGCAUUAUUUAUAUAUGAUAAUGAUAUUUUUUUUUCAUUUCUGAUGGUUGCAUACUAAACUUCACGCAAUAACAAAAAAAGGAGCCAAAAAUGAACUCUUAAUCUUAAAAACUAAGUGUGCUGUGAUUUUUAGAAAAAAAAAAAAUUUUCGCUUCGGCGCUCACUCCCAGACCCUGCCGGCAUACGGGAGACAAUUUUUAUUAUACCCCUUCAGCGUUAAAGGUAAAUCUAACAAGGCCCAAUAACCACACUGCAUUGGAGGCACAGAAAAUGAAGGAAAGUUUAUGUGCAGGAAAAUGAAUUGUAAAGCAGAUGAGAUUAGAAACACUUUUAUCUGCCCUUUCUAAAUAAAUUUUGUUUUUUGCAGUCUGUACCAAAAUUUACACAAAAUAUAAACCAUG